UCCGCUCAGCCUCGCUCCUUGUUUGUCCCACAGGUUCCUUCUGAAGGCGAGCUGGAGUCUGUGCCUGCCGCCUGGGGGAGAGGCGGGGUGCUCGGCGAGAAGGAGCCAGAGGGAUCCAGGCAGGCGGGGAGCUGACCAGCACAGACAUGCCGGUGCUGUCCGAGGACUCCGGCUUGCAUGAAACCCUGGCGCUGCUGACCUCUCAACUCAGACCUGACUCCAACCACAAGGAAGAGAUGGGCUUCCUGAAGGAUGUGUUCAGUGAAAAGAGCCUCAGUUACUUAAUGAAGAUUCACGAGAAGCUUCGCUAUUACGAGCGGCAAAGUCCAACCCCUGUUCUGCACGGCGCCGUGGCCCUCGCCGAGGAUGUGAUGGAGGAGCUGCAGGCCACCUCCGUGCACAACGACGAGAGGGAGCUGCUCCAGCUGCUGUCCACCCCCCACCUCAGGGCCAUGCUCAUGGUGCAUGAUACGGUUGCUCAGAAGAAUUUCGACCCUGUUCUCCCGCCUCUGCCUGACAAUAUUGAUGAGGACUUUGAUGAAGAAUCAGUGAAGAUUGUCCGCCUGGUAAAGAACAAGGAACCCCUGGGCGCCACCAUCCGACGGGAUGAGCACUCAGGGGCUGUCGUGGUGGCCCGGAUCAUGCGAGGGGGCGCAGCAGACCGGAGUGGCCUGGUCCACGUUGGGGACGAGCUCCGGGAAGUGAACGGGAUCACAGUUCUGCACAAGCGGCCCGACGAGAUCAGCCAGAUUCUGGCUCAGUCCCAGGGAUCCAUCACCCUGAAAAUCAUCCCAGCCACCCAGGAGGAGGACCGCUUAAAGGAGAGCAAGGUGUUCAUGCGGGCCCUCUUCCACUACAACCCGCGGGAGGACCGGGCCAUUCCCUGCCAGGAGGCAGGCCUGCCCUUCCAGCGCAGGCAGGUUCUGGAGGUGGUGAGCCAGGAUGACCCUACGUGGUGGCAGGCCAAGCGAGUGGGGGACACCAACCUUCGAGCUGGUCUUAUUCCCUCCAAGCAGUUCCAGGAAAGGCGCCUAAGCUACCGGAAAGCCACGGGCACCCUGCCGAGCCCCCAGAGCCUCAAGAAGCCCCCCUAUGAUCAGCCUUGUGACAAAGAGACCUGUGACUGUGAGGGGUACCUCAAAGGGCAUUAUGUGGCUGGUCUUCGAAGGAGCUUCCGGCUGGGCCGCAGGGAGAGACUGGGAAGCCCGCAGGAAGGAAAGACAUCUGCAGGACCGGAGCCUCUGGAGCUGCUGACCUAUGAGGAGGUGACCAGGUACCAGCACCAACCCAGUAAGCGGCCCCGCCUGGUAGUUCUGAUCGGGUCUCUGGGAGCCCGGCUGCACGAGCUGAAGCAGAAGGUGGUGGCAGAGAGCCCACAGCACUUUGGUGUUGCUGUUCCACAUACCACCAGACCCCGGAAGAGCCAUGAGAAGGAGGGGGUGGAGUAUCACUUUGUCUCUAAGCAAGCAUUCGAGGCCGGCAUACAUCACAACAGGUUCCUGGAGCAUGGGGAAUAUAAGGAAAAUCUCUACGGGACCAGCCUGGAUGCCAUUCACGCUGUGAUGGCCAAAAACAAAGUGUGUUUGGUGGACGUAGAGCCGGACGCACUGAGACGACUGAGGACUUCAGAGUUCAAGCCCUACAUUAUAUUUGUAAGGCCUGCAAUUCAGGAAAAAAGGAAGAUGCCACCCAUGUCCCCGGCUUGUGAGGACAUAGCAGCCCCACUUGAUGAGGAGCAGCGAGAGAUGUCCGCCUCCGCCGCCUUCAUCGACCAGCAUUACGGGCACCUGGUGGACGCUGUGCUGGUGAGGGAGGACCUCCAGGGCGCGUGCAGCCAGCUCAGAGCUCUCUUAGAGAACCUGAACAAGGACGCUCACUGGGUUCCCAUUAGUUGGGUCAGGUAACUACAUCCUAGAACAGCCCCAUUGGCGGGGACCUGGAAGGCCACCUCGUCCAGCCAUGUUACCAUCAAGGAACCCCAGGUGUGGAGAGGGACAGAAUUUUCCAUGGACGCCAUCAACCAGAAGAGCAUAUGUGGGAAGUCCCGUUCACUGGAUUUUAUCUGUUGUUUUCCACUCUAUCUCCCUGGAGCAGAAACCGUGAGUUGAAAGGGAGCAUAGCACACAAGAACACAUUUCCUUCAUUAAAGUGUCACAGGCAAGUUGACCCUGAUUCUUUGUACCAGAGUUAAGGAGCCCCUGCCUCUUGGGGAUGGGGGUGGCGGGUUCAUACAGUGCCGAUCUGCUGGGAUGUAGGCUUUAGAAGUAGGGUGACGCCUCAUGGAUCCAGCUCUGUUGGAAGUCGAGUUGCUUUACCCAAGGGGAUUUUUCCAUGCAACUGAAGCCCCCCUGUCUCCAAGCAUCACAAUGUGUAUUUUCACCUUGUUGAAGGCAAGUGCUUGCCGGGCACUGGAGAACUUGCGCCUCUGCCUUCUUAAGCAGUGGGCAUGCAUGAACUUCGACGGAAGACGGAGGCACUGUGCUGACACAGGGAGGUGUUUUCAGGGACUACUGAGGAAGGCAAGGCUGCUUGUCCCCUCUCUAAAUACCCCGAGACUCCUACAGCGGAGCCCUUGCUUUGUCUGAUCGGUUCUGAUCCACCCCUUGUCCCUCUCAUUACUGACAGCGGUGCUGGUUCUUGCCUGUCCCUACCGUCAGAUGAUAGGGCUUCCUGUCGUGCGAGAUCAUGGGAAACCAGACGAUCCCUCUUGUCGAAACUGUGUCUGAGUCAGGAUACAUCAGUCCUGACUGUGAACAUUAAAUUAUAUAGACUCUGA